AUGGAGCCCCUCUAUCAGUCAGGCCCCUUUCUUAUGAAGGUGAACACCUUGCAAGGGAAGAAGACGGUGGAGAGCGGUCUGCAGUCUGGGGACUUCUCGCUGCCCCCGUCGUGGUCCUCCAGCCUCCUGCCGCCGGCCGACCUAGAGAUCCUGCAGCAGAAGGUGGCCGGGAUGCAGCGAGAGCUGGAGGACUUCAAGAAGGAGGCGCUCAGGGCCAUCCGCUACCUGGAAGACGCCUUCUGCGAGAUGAACGGGGCCCUGGUGCAGCAGGAGGAGCAGGCGGCCCGCGUGAAGCAGCGGCUGCGGGAGGAGGAGGACCGCGGCGUCGUGCGGAACAAGGUCCUCACCUUCCUGCUGCCCCGGGAGAAGCAGCUCCGGGAGCACUGCAAGCGGCUGGAGGUCCUGCUGCUGGGCCGGGGCCGCGACCCCCCGAGCAUCCCCGGGAAGAUCCAGGCCAACUGA